AAAUGGCACCGUCUGAUGGGAAAGUGAUGCCGAGCAGCAAUGUCUGGCUUUGUUACGCCGUCUGGAGUGCCUUUCUUUGUUCAAACUGGGUUUUAGCAGACAUUUCCUGCAUGGUUGGAAACAUAGACUCGCGGGAGCUAAUGAAGGAGUAUUCCUGUAGCUACUAUGCAAAUAAAGCAGAGAUUGAGCGAACACACGAAGAACAUAGCAGCGCGCUACCUGGGCACUACCACAAUGUUCCCCACAAUUCAAGCUCAAAAGAACAUUCGACAUUCAUAUCGCCGCCCAAUAUAUCCGUGGCUCUUCUCCCAAAAGUAGAGAUCACGCAUUGCUACGUCUUCAAAUACCAGUUGGUGAAGAUGCUGGAGCAGAAAGGCCAUCCUCUGAGAGAGGUGUCAAUCCAUGCUAACUUCUCUUGUGAUUAUCAGAACCUGUGUCAGAAUCAACCUCUGGCCACAGGUAUACAGAUACGGUACAACGGCAUUGAUGGUGAACUGUUUUGCUGUAAGGAAGAUAACUGUAACAAAGAAGAUGCUGUCAGAGAUAUUCCCCCGAGACAACAGCUCUGUUACAAUGCCUCCAAUGAUGGCACCACUAAAAAGGCUGCCCUGGACUACUGCACCCAGCCUGACACCCGGUGUGCGCGAGCCCGCCGCACAGACCCAGGUAAAGAGGAGGAGCUGUACUUCUGUGAUAACCUGCACCACUGUCAAAACCACAGCCUCACCAUCAACGACACCGUAGCAGAAAUGUGUAAAAUGGUUAAUAUAGGAGCAAAGGAAAUAGAACUGUGCUGUUGUUCAAAGAACAAAUGCUAUGUGCCUGACUGGUUGAACGAUGAGAAAGCUUCAGUAAACACUGAGAGUCCUCCGGUGACAAGGACAAGUCCAGGUUUGAGCUGGAUGUUUAUCGGAGGGAUGAUUCUCACCGCUCUCAUCAGUGCUGCCAUCAUCAGCAUUAUAUGGAUGGGAAUUCGUCACUGUCGCCGCGGAGCCCGUGACAACAUUAUGACCCUGACUUACACAAGACUGACAGUGAGUGUGCCCGAGCCAGGGAAAGAAGAUGUGCAGAUGCUGCUGGAGUAGUGAGUCAGGGAAUGAGUGUGCUGGGCAACAGUGUGGAUGUCACUCAGUAUAGUGUGAGUGUGCAGGAUUGGGGAACUGUGCAAAACUUCAUGAGUGGGCAGGAUUUAGCAAGUGUGCAUAAGGUUUGAUAUUCAGUGGGCUGUAUUGGGCAAGCAUGCAAAACUUCAUUCAGUGGGCAGGUUUGAGUAAGUGCAGAAUUUUGAAAAGAGUUCAUGGUUGAGGAAAUGUGCAAAGCUUUAUUUAGUGCAGGAUUGAGGAAGUGUGCAAAGCAUUCUUUGUGCAAGGUUCAGGAAGUGUGCAAAACUAUUGAUAUUCAGUUUGCAGGACUGCGCAAAUAUUCAAAGCUGUGUUCAGUGUGCAGGAUUGAGUAGGUGCAGAACUUGAGUGAGUGUGCAAGGUUGAAGAAUUGUGCAAAAUUUUGUGAAAGAUUUAGCAGGUGUUAGUUUUAGUGAGGCAGGUACCUGUAUGUUGCGUUGAUGUGGAUUGAACUUAUUUUGCAUCCUUGUGUGUUGACUCCUCUGAGUUUAUACUGGAUUGAGUCUGCCGGGAUGUGUGAUUGGUGGAUCACGAUCUGGACGAGAUUAGUGCGUUUUGUUGAGUUGGUGGAUCGAGGUUCACUUUGAUCAGGGUUGAGGUUACUCAGAUGAGUGUUUGUCUAGCUAACACAGUGACCUGGACUGAGUUGUCUGUUGAAUGUGCUGGGCAGAUUAAGCUACAUUGCACUGAAAUAAAUGAGCUGCUGUGAGUCGUAUAGCCUAUAAAAAUAU